UAAGGAAUUUUACAAAAAUGAACUGGGCGAUAAUUCCAGCAAGAUGUUGUGCUGAUGAAAACAAUGUCAAUGCGGAUUUGGAGCCACAGCACAGUCGCACUUCCACUAAUGGCAAUGGUAAUCCUGGCAAGCGUUGGACAAUCAACUGGUCGAACCGGUGGCCUAUCAGUCUACCGACCCUCCGACUCAAAUGAUCCUUGGUCAAGGCGACACUACAGCAGCGAACGAAGGGACGAGAAGGAUUGGCGGGAUAUGCCGCCGGCGGAGCCGCGGUACCUCAGCGAUCCGGAAAUACUCUUUCAACGGUUGGACGACAUGGAGCAGGCUAAGACAGCGAGUGCUGAUAAACUGUCCCCUUCGGGCAAGGAAAAGCCUGAAAACUUCCUACUUGGCGCCAAGAACAUUGGCACCCAGUUGUUUAAGGAAAACCUAUCCCAAUCCCAGGGGAUGGGCGAUGAUGAACUUAAACAGGAGAUGGAGGAUCCCUUCGAGUCGCUGGCCCGAAUGAAUUACAACGAGCAGGCCCUGGAUCAUAAAAGCGAUCGGGAGUUGAAGAGAAUGCUGAGUUACUACAGGAGAAAGGACCGAGAUGAAAAACCCGAUGUGGCCACGGCCAAUCUGUUGGCCAAGGUUAUUAGCUCCAAGGCCGAUCGACCCAAGGUAUCGAUGAAGUCUCAGACUUGCACCGCAGCUCAUCCGAUUUCCACGAUGAGGAGCACUACGACGACUCGGAGGACAACCAGAAGCACCACUACGCGUAGUCCCUCUACUUUCUGCCUGCCGGAAGCCUCACCCGAUGGUCUUGUCAAGCCCAUGCCCUCAACGCCACCUCCAUGUCUCUCACCACGUCCCCCAACCAUUCGAAAACCAUGCGGAGAAAGUGCUAAGUCCAGUAAAAGCCCAAUAAAAUCUAAAUCUAAAAAACAUGGAGGCUCCAAGAAGCUGUUGGACAUAAUCUUGUCUACCAAGCAGCAUGCACUUUCGGCGCUGAAGAUCCUCAACCACCUGGAAAUGGAGCUGCUAAGCCAGUCGGCAGAUGACGACAUGGGAUUGGGGUCGACUAACAAGGUUAAAGGGCAACCAAUGCCCAAAAACAACUGUGAGCGGCUGGAGCAACCCCUGAAGCCCCCUCACCAUGUAUUCUCUUUUGGAAUUCGACCGGCUAGCCAAAAAGAAAGCAUGUAUGAUUUGGCACUCGCCAGGGAGGAGGAGCUCAAGCUGGAGGAUCGGGUGUGGGAGGAGCACAAGCAGCAGAUGAAGCUAAGGAGGCCUGUGAAGUCGAAGCGUUUUGAGGCUGCUCCAUCGUCAGCCGCUCGACUAGAACCCUUUCAGGAGCCUCGAAAGCCCCAGCAAUCCUUGAACGCCUUGGAAUCGGCGAAGCCAGAGUCUCCCGCCCAGGACAGACGCAUCAACCUGGAAGCCUUAAGCGUGGUGGUGAAGCCCGCGCCUCCAGUUGCCAGCAAGGAUUCACCCAGUCCCUCAGCCCGCUGGAAUCCAUCGUUCAUGCCCCGGGCUGAAAUGAAAGCCAUUCGAGUGGAGGGUCCAGUAGAUGACGAUCUGCAGCAGAGUAAAGUAUUGCAAACGAGGAAAAGGAAAAAGAAAAAACACAAGCUAUAUAUGCAGGAACAAAGGACGGACGCCAGUCGGUUUCCUAUUGCCGGCGUCUUUUAUUAAGUCAUUUGUAUAAGUACUAGCAACGUUUUAUUGAAAUAUUUUCCCAAACAAAAAUAUAUUUUUCACAAAACAAUUCAAA